AAUUUACGCUUCCAGGUGUUUUUUGGAUGUACCCUUUUCCCCUUGCCCUACGGGUUCCAGGUCAGGGCCUGGCGUGUGAUGCUGAAUGGUGGCUUCCUUAGGGUGUGUCCAAUCCAGGUCCACUUCCUCCGUCUGAUUUGCAUGUCUAAUGGUUCCUGCCCUGCUCUCUUCCAUACUUCUUCAUUUGUGAUUAUUUCAGGCCAUCGGAUGUUGAAUAUGCGCCUGAGACAGGUGUUGUAAAAUGUCUGGAUCUUCUGCAGGGUUGUUUUUGUUGUUCUCUGUGUCUUUGCUCCAUACAGUAAGACGGACUUAACAUUGGAGUUGAGGAUCCGCAGUGUGAUAGUAAUGCGAAUGUUCUGUGAGACCUAAAUGUUCUUUAACAUGGUAAACGCAGCUCUUGCAUUACCGAUUCUUGACUUGAUAUCACAGUCUGUGGAACCCUGUCUGCCGAUGACCUGGCUCUCCUUUCGCACAACUACAGUCAGGUGCAGGGCAAAACAACUCAUCUUGCCAAAACAACAGCAGGAACGGGACUCAAGAUCAACUUGAAAGCAGAAUUGAUGAAGAGCAACAUUACUGUACAACUACCAGUCACAGUUGGUGAUGAGCCCAUCUGAGAAGUUGGGUUUUUCAUCUACCUGGGGAGUGUGAUGGACAAAGUCGAGAUCGUCGAGUUGUGUCAGGAGUGUCCACUGUAUACCAUUAUUCCUGCCUGAUGUGGUAGUCCUCAUGAUCCAGUCAAUAACCAAGAGGAAGAGGAAUGGUGACAGCAAACAUCCUUGUCGAACUCCUGUCUUGACCUCAAAACUCUCGGACAUCUGCCCAGCAUGGGCAACCCUGCAUGCCAUGACUUGGUAUGUGUUACGAAUCAGGGAGACGGGCUUCUCUGAUACGCCAUAGUGUCUCAGUAUCUUCCAGUGUCUCACGGUCCAAGCUGUCGAACGCUUUCUCGUAGUCGAUAUAGAGAGGGGACUUUCACUCCAGUGAUUGUUCAAUGAUGAUGCACAGACUGGCUAUCUUGUCAGCACAUGAUCUGUUGCGUCUAAAACCAGCCUGCUGGUCACGGAGCUUGGAGUCCACUGCCUCUUUCAUCCUCUCAAGAAGGAUCCUGUUGUGGACCUUGCCAGGCACUGACAAGAGCAUACUUCCCCGGUACAUGUAGUUACUGCUAUCCCUCAGAUCUCCCUUCUUUGGUAGCUUAAUAAGGAUGCCCUCUUUUAAUUCCUCCGGGAUGUUCUCUUCCUCCCAUAUCUUCUUGAAGUUUUGUGAUUGAUAAGCUUCAAAUGUUGAAUUAAUGAAGUUAUUAUUAUUAUUUUUUUUUUUUUUUUUACAAAAUCAGCGAUCGAGGCUCGUCAACUGCCUCUAUUCAGACGUCCUACGUUUACCGCAUUUCCAUCGGACCAUAAUCCCGACCCCGAUGAAUAAAAUACGUGAAAUACUAAAAUUAAUUUCUUUGAAACUUGUCCAUCAAACGUUACCAAACCUGAUCUGUAGUUUGUCACUACGAAACUAUACUACUGCUGCAAGUUUCAAAUGAUUCCACCCGAGCAUAACGGAAAAAGGUCUGGAAAACCCAAUAUGGGACAGCCGACAGACAGACGGACAGAUAGAGAAAAAAGUUAAUAGUCCCCUUCGGUUUUACAAACCGGUAGGGGACUUAUAAGGAAUGAGAGUAAUUUUUACUCAAUUUUACCUGUAAUGUAUACGAUAUAAAAUAAGUUUACGCUUUCUUAUAAACCGCUUUCAGAUAACAUUUCGAUCUUUCCGGGGUCUUUGGAAUUACAGAAGGGAAGUCUCACUUGUACAACUUACGUUAUAUAUCAGAGUGUCACUCACAUCUUAUCUCUCAUAACGACCACUGAAAGAUAGGAUUUGCUAUUUGUAUUGCCGACAUGAAGGUACGUGUUCUUCUGCUACUCUUUGGAUUUCUAAAAUCCUCUGAGGCAUUGGUCAACAUCGAGAACCCUUUGUUUGAUCAGAUCAUGAACAGAAAGGUAAACGAACUGAUCAGUGAGACACUAAAGGAAUACAAGAACAAAAUUGGUCAACUGGAAGAGCAUAUUCUCAAACAGGAGAAGAGAAUCACGGUGCUGGAAGACGGAUGUAAAGUAAAGGAGAAUAAAUCGUUGUUCACUUGGAGAAAUCCUAAAAUAGAAAAUAUUAUGAGGAUGGCUGAUAAAGCAUAUAAUCAGAAACUGAAUGACAAAACUGCUGUCAAAAACGAUGGAGUAGGACAGAUAGAACGUAUCAGACGAGAUUAUCCCAGCGCUGGACAACCUGUUGGCUUUUAUGCAUACAUGAGUGGGCCCGAAAACAACCCGGGCACUCAUCAUACUCUUAUUUUUGAUGUUGUGAAAACCAACCUUGGAUCCGCCUACAGUAAAUUCACUGGUGCAUUUAGAGCUCCAGUAGAAGGUCAAAGGUCAAUCUACUCUUGACAUAGGAAGAUGCUGUCCGCUCAAUAUGUUGAAAAACCUUUCCUUGACAGAAAUUAUACUUGGUACACUGAUACAUUGUGAGGAGUAGAUGACCCCUAUUGAUAUCAAGGUCACAUAGUCAAAGGUUAAGGGUCAAACUGGACAUAGGAAUAUACUGACCACAGAAUAUUUAGAGAACCCUUUGCUUGACAGACAUCAAACUUAGUACACUGGUACAUCUUCAUGAGAAGAUAAAGAUCCCUACCUGCUUAAUGGCCAUAAGCGCCGAGCAUAGGCCUAAAUUUUGCAGCCCUUAACCGGCAGUGAUUACGUCACCAUAUGAGUGAAAUAUUCUCGAGAAUAUUUCACUCAUAUGGAGACGUCACCACUGCCGGUGAAGGGCUACAAAGUUUAGGCCUAUGCUCGGCGCUUAUGGCCAUUAAGCAGGGAGGGAUCUUUAUCGUGCCACACCUGCUGCGACACGGGACCUCGGUUUCUGCGGUCUCAUCUGAAGGACCGCCCCAUUAAAUCGCCUCUUACAAUAAGCAAGGGGGUACUGAGGACCUAUUCUAACCCGGAUUCCCACGGGGUUCAUAUGGUCAAAGGUCAAGGGUUUAACUGGACAUGGUAAUAUAUUAUCUCUUAUAUUUUAAGAAUGAUUUGCUUGAUUGACACCAAACUUGGUACACUGGUACAGCAUAAGGAGCAUAUGCCACCUAUUGAUUUUUAGGUCAAAUGGUCAAUUCACUCUGGAAAUAGGAAGAUAUUGUAUUGAACUGGUUUGGCACUACUAUCAAUUAAAUGAUGCAUGUGCAUAAUCCUUUUCUAUUUUGCACCAUGGGGGCAUAUAUGUUUUACAAACAUUUCUUGUUGAUGAAAUUGCGUUAAAAUAACUCAAUAACAUGUACUUACUCCCGUUAGACACCUAAUCCCACUUCUGGUGUGUCCAGGGGUCCGUGUUUGCCCAGAUCUCUAUUUUGUAUUGCUUGUAGGAGUUAUGAGAUUGAUCACUGUUCGUUAUCUUCACUUUUCAUGAAUGUGACUGAAACUAAACUCCAUCCCUACAAUAACGCAUAUACAUGUAGCUUUGUCCCACAAUCACGCACUUUCACGCAAUAUUUUUGAAAAAUAUUAUGUCGUACGCACGACAUAACAUCUCGUGGGAAUAUGAUAUCUCAUGCGCACGACAUAAUAUCUCGUGCGCACGAUAUAAUAUUUCUAGAGCAUAACAUAAUAUCUCGCACAAGACUAAUCUGAUACGGCACGUUGGUCAAAGACAAAUAAAAAAAGCAGGAGUAUGAAUUAGAUAUAAAGUUUUGAAUUCUUAAAAAUAAUUUGUGUAUGAAAAUCGAUGGAUGACAAUUUUGCGGGAAGUUUACCCCCGCCCCCAACGAUUUGUAUUUACAUUAGUUUACGACAUUGAUCUUUUGAUAUCUCCACAUUAAAACUCAUGUGACCAUGGUAGUAUUUGAUCUUACGGCCAAAGUUAGUUCAAGUCACCAAACAUGGAAUGCGACUUGAAUUGAACGACCGUGUAUUUCAAAACUCGGACACACAAAUAGAACUACUGCGCAACCUUAAGGAGGUACUUUACACCGUCAUAAUGGCUGACUUCCUUUUAAAACAUGGAUGAAAAUAUGAAUAUUAGCAAUAUUUGUCUAUUCAUUUAAAAAGAUAUUGCAUAGUUGAGUAGCUCAGUCGGUUAACACGUCGACUGCCGAAUUGUAGAUCGCAGGUUGGAGUUCAGCAAGGGUUUUUAAAUAUUUUUUUCCAGAUUGCUUUUUACUAAAAAUUAAUAUUUUGGCUAAAUAAAGUAAAUUUGAACGUUUUCAGUUUCAAAAUAUUGUUGUACAUAUUCUCCACUUUUCCUCCAUAUAAAAUUUCUCUGGUGUUCCUACAACAUAAAGAUUCGUCGAGACAAAUAAAGUCAGUCAUAGACUGCAGUUAGGGACAUGCCAUGCACACGAGAAAGUAUGCCGUGCGCAAGAGACAUUAUAUCGUGUGCCCGACAUGAUUUUUUUUCUAAAAAGAAAAAAAAUAAUAGUGUGUUCUAAAUAUACCAAUGUAGUAUAUGUAUAUCAAACUAAGUAUGAAAAUAAAAUGGGGGAAAAGGUUUUUAAAAACGUAUGUAUGUUAUCUCCUGCGAGGUAAAUACAACAGCACUGUUGUUUUAAAUGAGAGAAAAUAUGUGUACAUGAAAGGGGAAGAUAAACAUUAAUCAAUCUCACAACUCCUUUAAGGAAUACAAAACUGAGAGUUGGAUAAACGCGGACCUCUGUAUACCACAGGUAGGAUCAGGUGCCUAGCAGGAAUAAGCAUCCCCUGUCGACCGAUCACACCCACCGUGAGCCCUAUAUCUUGAUCAGGUGAACGGAGUAAUCCGUAGGCAAAUAAUUGUGCCAAGAACGGUAUAACAAUCGGUAUGAAACACACCAGACAGCAUUCCACCCAAUGAUAUGUUGUAUUGGUAAAUUAGAUCAUUAUAACGACCAUAGAAAUUGUUAAAUGUUGACUUUAAACGAGACUGUUGAAACCCCUGCAACAUCAACUUGUUUGUCAGUAGACUGUCUCAAUUUAAAAACAGAUCAAUUACACAAAGGUAGAUCAAGCCCUUGCGUAUCGAAUCGGUUGUGAGAUUUACACACCACAUGCAGGUGAUAAUGGAAUAUUGCUACAUAAAUAUAGGCAGUUGACGAUGGAGAAGCUGAAAUCAUCUCGUUUAUCAUAAAGUUGAUUUGCCGUUGACAUUUAUUUUCAAUAAAAUAUCUAAGUAUGAAGCAGAUGUGGAUGACUCCGUACCUUCAAUUUGGUUAAGUGCAGUGUUGAUAAAGAGACCCUAGUCAAAACUGUGUAUUUCAAAACUCGGGCACAGAAAGCAUUACGCAACCUUAAAAGUCAUACAAUACAAAGAUCCAUCGAGUCAUGGACGAUGGACACAAAAUCUAAUAUUGUAUUAGAUUUCAAAUGAAAUGAUUGACAAAAUGAAUGAAAAUCAAAUUUCAAAUUCAGAGUACAGCAUAUAAAUUCAUUGAUAUAUCGAGGACUGAGUCUUUCCUUGGAUCUAUGCAAUUUUCAUUUUAUUUCU